CGUCAGUCAAGCGGCACCAUCUAGAUGCUCUGCUUUGCUUGCUAGCAUAGUUACAUUGUGGCUGCUUCUACAUAUUUCCUCCAUAUUCCUUCUGAGCAGCUGCCUUAUUUGCCAUUGACAUAUUGCACGGUGGGGCCGGGGAGAUCCCGCUAUUCAUUAUCAUGCUUGUAACCGCGCUAUGGAAAGCAUGAUGAGAUAGAUGAAUGAAUGCUGAACUGCUCGGAUUCAAUUACUAUGCUAGGAUUCUAUUGUGUUCUUCGUGUCCCCUCUUGAUUAUCCUACGACUCUGGACUUCUCACGUCUUCACCCUCAUCUGGACGAGAAAGCCCCCUGGGGUAAAUAUGGAUGUCACCUCCCAGUCAUUCUAUUAUCACCUCCCAAGGAUUUUAGAUAGCAUUGCAACAUGCUGUUUUGUAUCGCUGGAUCUUGAGUUUUCUGGGAUCGCUACAAAUCCAGUGGGAUUGACCGGUGCCCGAAGACAAACACUUCAGGAACGCUAUGCUGAAGCCAAAGAAGCCGCAGACAAGUAUCAGAUCUUGCAAAUUGGCCUCACGAUCGGACUUGAAGAUGCUAAGACAGGAACUUACACACUCAAACCGUACAAUUUCUAUCUCAGUCCGAUCAUUGAACAGAGACUGGAAGUCGAGAGAAUCUGGUCAUACCAGAGUAGCGCUGUGGAGUUUCUGGUGGGGAAUAAAUUUCGCAUGGAAGCUCCUUUCACCGAAGGUGUUCCUUAUCUGUCUCGAGACGAAGAAAGGAUAGCGCUCAGCAAAGCUCACGAACGGAGAGACCGGCCCCGAGAAACUGGUGCAAUUGAUGUGAAGGAGACAGACACUGAAUCUUUGCAAUUUUUAAAGCUUGUUCGACAGGGAAUCGAAGCUUGGCUCGCUCUAGGUGAAACGAGAGCAGGCUAUCUCAAUAUCCCGCCACCAAGUCAUAUCGGUGCUGUCAGUGGUCCGAAUGCCCUUCCAACAAUACUCAACAGGUUCCAGAAAAGACUAGUCCAUCGAUUGAUUGAAGCGGAAUACCCGGAAUUGAGAUCCAUCGGAAAGCCUACAUUCGUACAGAUUAUCCCCUAUGAUGAAGCGCGAGAGAGAGACGUCGCCAAUGAAAGAGUGAGGCGAACGGAUGAACGCAUCUUAAGACAAACAGGCAUGAGAUGGAUCGCUGAGGCCUUGGCCGGGGGAGAUUUGACAAGGCUUGACCCAGGAUACUUCAUGGGCAUCAUGGCAAACUCAGCCUCUGUUGAGGGCAAGUAUUCGUUGAAAGAGUUCGCUGACAGGCUUAAGCUUCGGUUACUGGCAAACAGGCCGGUCCUAGUCGGUCAUAAUCUUUUCACAGACGUAAUCUAUUUUUGCAGCUGCUUUUUCGGAAGUUUGCCUGAACGUGUGGAAGAGUUUCAGGAACUGGUUCAUGGCCUUUUCCCCGUUCUUAUUGAUACGAAAUACAUGGCCACGCACGAGUGUGGUUCAAUCAACCCUGCCUCGUCGCUUUCGGAAAUCAAUGAUAGUCUGAAGGACGUGAAGAAACCAAGCAUCGGGUACGACAGUCUGCUCACAGCCCAAGUAUUCAUCAAGUUGUCUUCCCAGCUACGCAAUGGAGGCAUACCUAUGGAUCCACGAGCAAAAUCAUUCGUCCCAAAGCGGGAUAUCUAUACCGAGAUGAGUGAACUCAGCCUGGACAGUUCAGCAUCUUGUGCAUCGAGUACAUCGGGGAACAGCUCUGUCGAGAUGACCGGCAAAACUUCUAGAAAAGACCGACCUGCCCAGAAACCGGUCGACUGGCAGCAACGAGAAGAGGUUACUAGGAUCCGCUCAGCCUUUGCACAUCGGACCAAAUAUGAUCUUCUGACAGACCUGGCUGAAGAGAUAGAAGAUGUCCCUGAGAGCGAGAUACCGGUGAGUGCCAAUCCGUUGGCUGGUCCUACAGAGCCUCAGCUCCUGGCCUUCGAGGACGAAGAAGCGAUAGCGCAAAAAGUCAAGGAUGGAGAGCUCAUCCCUCGUUUCGGGGCGUCAUUCUGGAAGGUCUAUGGAAACAAACUCCGCGUAUUUGGAACGGAGGAACGAGUCUGCGUCUUAGGCAAGGUGCCAACUAGAGCUCAAAAAGAGAUUCUCUUUCGGCUCAGCAUGGGUCAGAAUUAUACCGGAAUCCACGAGCGCCCAAUAUCCAGCACUGUCGGGGAGAUGGCUGCAGGAUCCAAUGGUGCCAGGCGCAUAGCGACGCUAUUGCGGCCUUCUGUCUUCGACUCCGCGGUGUGCAGAAGCUGUCAAGAAACACUCGUCCGCCGCAACUAUGCUACUGCUGCCGCAGCAACUGCAGAAAGCCAGUCUGAACCUGCUCCUCCGUCCGUGGGUUCAUCGAAACCAGAUACCGCUGCUACUCAUCCGGUCCUGAAACCUACCUAUGUCAUUAAUGCCGGAGUUCUGCUCUCUCGGCCUCCGCAGAUCACCCGCGACCUGACGCCGUUUGAAAAAGCAUACUAUUUCUACCAGAAGCGAUUAAACGAGCGUCUUGCUCUUCCUUUCACCAGAUACUUCUACUUCAAGCGAGGUACGCCCGCCGACGAAGAUUGGAAGCGCAAGUACCGGGAGCGCCAGACUCCUUCCCGCGAUAUCGGAAAAUACAAUGCCUAUUCCCCGGACGCAUGGAAUGAUGAGCUGCUAGUUGGUGCAGUCGAAUCCGAGCCAGAGCACCAGAUUGAGAUGCUUGUGCGCGAUGCGGAGAGUACCACCACCGGCACUCAGGAAGGAACCAAGAAGGAGGAGGUUCCGCGGCCGUUCCCUCGUGUGACAGAGGCAGACCAGAAGAAUGACCAGAAGAGCCUGAACCGCGCUCUGCAACGUACACUCUACCUACUUGUCCAGACCAAGGAAGGAUACUGGAAGUUCCCGAGCUCACCCGUGGAGGAGGGCGAGAAUCUUCGAUCGGCUGCUGAACGAACCCUCGCCCAGUCUGCUGGUAUCAACAUGAACACCUGGAUGGUCGGCUACCACCCUGUUGGCCACCACGUUUACAACAACCGGAAGCCCAAGGUGGAUGAGAAGACUGGAGUCGAGCUUCUGGGCGAGAAGACUUUCUUCAUGAAAGGCCGCAUCAUGGCCGGCCAAGCUGAUCUCAAGGCCAACAACCAGGGUCUCCAGGACUUCAAGUGGCUGGCCAAGGAUGAGAUUCAGUCUCUGGUCCUGCCCCAGUACUUCAGCCACAUCCGGAACAUGCUGGCGGAGAGAUACUAUUAUCAGUUCGCAAAAUGA